AUGUCCCGAAACAAGACCCACGAGCGCCAAGCAACGGAGAGCGGCGAAACCCUAGCGGUGAUCAGGGAAGAGCAGUUCUCGCCGACGGCCUCGUCGGUGCGGAUCGACGCCAACUUCAAGAGGGAGGCGGACGAAGGGUCUAAGCCGCCCUCCCCCAAGUGCAUCUGCUCCGUCCCCGAUGUAGGGGAGAAGAGCGCCACCGACGGAGAGGAACUUCGCACCAGGCUGAAAGAGAAGGAGAACGCUCUGCAGGACACGUUCAACAGGAAACUGGAGCGCGAAAUAGAACUGUUGAAAGAUAAAUUCGAUUACAUACUGCAGAAUGAGCAAAUACGCACCUCCUACAUGCUGUGCGAAGCUCACAGGGAACGGAGAGAGAAGAUCAAAGCACUGCAGACGCAGCUCGAGUGCAAAAAUCUCGCCGGUCUCAUGUACGUGCUCUGUUCCGAGAGGAGAAGGGGCAAGUUUGAGAAGAUGCGGAUGGCACAAGAAUAUACCGAGUAUAUUGGGGCUCUACAAGAAGUGCUGACGGAAGCCCAAACAUUGAUUCUAAAGCUGGUGAGGGGCUAUAAAACGGCAUCCCAAGUUGACGGGGCCUGGCGAAAGAAAAUGAAAAACGUCAUAAACGAGUUCCAAAGCUUCGUGCACAACUUCGCCGGUGGGGUUCCGGAGACGAGCCAAUACUUCUUCGAUCUGUCCAAGCUCAUCAAGUCUGAACUCCCCGAAAUAGAACUGUCAGAAGACGAAACCACACUGCCAGAUGAGGCGCCCACUAUAGUCGAUGGUGACACCGGGGGGCAGCCGUGGUGGGAUAUGCUGGACGGAGACAAAGCGCCGUUCGUCAUGUUCGGCGACAUGGCCGAGUUCAAAGCGCCUUUAAGGAGGGACGUCUUGAAAGCCCUAAAGGCUGACAAGCCGGAGCGAAAGGGAUGGCAGCAUUACGUGUUAAACGACAAGUUCCUGAAGAUCGACUGUCCAAACGCCGACUUCAUUAAGGACGAAUACUUAAAGCAUUUAUCAAAACCGGGGAAGUGGGAAUGUUGCACGUUGCAGUUGCAGGACGGGGAGAGCACCCCCAGCCGCCGAAUGACGCAAGCGAGCGUCGACAUCCGUGGAAACAUGGGCUCUGUGCUGAGGAUCAUAGCAUCAUCCGGCUACGGCCAGCCAGUGACGAAAGCAACCCUCCUCGGUGCGAGGGACUCCAUGGAGAUCGCUUCUGCAACAAAACUGCGCGAGAAGACGAGGUAUUCGCAACACGGCAAAGUUGUUCUAAACAUCGGCAAUAAACGUAGUUCCAAAUUCGAGCAUUAUCAAGAUAUAAAUAUAGAAGAUGUCGAGGAAGUGGAGACACUCCAAAGACAAGAAACACCACAACUGGAAGAGGAGGAGGUCAAUGAAGGCUCUUUUUCGGUCUUGGGGAGUAUUCACAACGACAGCCUCCACGUGAUACCAAGCCACGUUCCAGAUAUUGACUCGAAGAUUAACUAUGAAAAGGUGUGCCCGAUGGAAAGCUGUAAACGGAUGCAAGUGGAUUCCUUCAUCCGUUCGCUUCCGCCCUACAUGAGGGGAAACCCCUACACGCACUUCGAGAACACAUUCGAGGAGUACGAGGCCUGCAGCCCUGAAGAACUAGAAAUCCUUAAACAACGGAUAGCCAGCAAAAAGAAGGGUGCCACGGACGAAACGGAGUAUUUAGAGGAGUCACCGCUGGAGGAAUGGGUUGAGGAGUCGAACGAAAUAGCCGUGCAGACGUCGCAACUCUCACUCUCCCUGCCAUCCUGCACUUGUCACAAGGUCACCGAAGAGGAGGUCCACGGGAGAGUAUACAAUAUCGAAGAACUGCUGCCGGUAAAACGAGCACUCGACGAAAUCAACAAGAAAUACUUUUUCGACGGCAACGUCGAGUUCAACAGGUUCAAGGUCGUUGGACACGACGAUGAUGACGUCAUGAACGCGAUGCAAAAUCAACGGACCGAUGAUAAAGUGUAUGAAAUAAAAAAAAUCCUUCAAAAUCAACCGAGCUUGUGUGACAUCUUUCAAGGUUAUAUUGGA